AUGGGAGACCAUUUAAAAAAUACAAGAGAAUGGAUAAGACAUUCAUCAAAUAAAGACGAUGGUAAUAAUGCAGAAAAAACUCACUUUUUUGGUCAUCACGAAGAAGAAGAUCAUGAACAUAUGUUAUUUACCAAAGAAGAAUUAACAAAUCCAAAAGAAUUGGCUAAAGCAAUGAAAGUUAAAAUUCCACUUUAUGUACCAAUUUUUAAUUGGAUUAAAUCAUAUUCAAAAGAAGAUUUAAUUGGUGAUAUAUUAUCAUCAAUUACAGUAGCAACAAUGUUAGUACCACAAGGUUUAGCAUAUGCAGUAUUAGCAGGAUUACCAGCUAUUUAUGGUUUAUAUAGUGGUUGGUUACCAUUGGUUAUCUAUUCAUUUAUGGGUGGAUGUAAACAAUUAGCCGUUGGACCAGAAGCAUUAUUAUCAGUAUUAUUGGGAUCAAUUUUAGGAGGUUAUACAACACCACCAGAGGAUAUGACUUUAAAUGAUUAUUUAGUAUCAAUUGCAUUAACAUUGGCAUUAUUAGUUGGUAUUGUUAGUUUCUUAUUUGGUAUUUGUCAAUUUGGUUUCCUUGGUGGUAUUUUAUCAAGAUGGGUUUUAUCUGGUUUCAUUAAUGCUGUUGCUUUAAUUAUUGCAAUCUCACAAUUAGAUUCAUUAUUAGGUGUUAGAACUGGUGGUGGUGGACAUACUUCAGAUACAACUCAUGGAUCAACAUCAACAUCGAUAUCAGGAUCAACAAUAUCAUCAAUGAGUGAAGUUUUAACAGAAACUUCUACUCAUCAUCCAGGGCCAUAUGAAAAGUUUUGGACAGCAAUUACAAAUUUACAAGAUUCUGAUAAAACAACAGUUAUACUUUCAGCAGGUUGUGUUGUAUUUUUAGUUGGUAUGCGUUUCUUUAAACAAUUUUUAGUUAAAAAAAUGGGUUGGAAGAAUGCAAAAUAUAUUCCAGAGAUUUUAUUGACAGUUAUUCUCACUUGUGUUAUCACUGCUGUUUUCGGUUUGGAUAGAGAAUGUGUCAACACAUCUGAUCAUGAUGAAAAUAAAUGUGUUGAACAAGGUUCAGGUGUUAGUGUAUUACGUUAUGUUAAGGGUGGUUUCCCUACUGUUGGUUUCCCAUCAUUCCAAGCAAAUACAAUUCAAGAGUUAUUACCACAAGCAUUUUUAAUUGUAAUUGUUGGUUUCGUAGAGGCAACCGCUGUUAGUAAAGGUUUAGCAACUAAACAUAAUUAUCAAAUUAAUUCCAAUCGUGAAUUGGUUGCUUUUGGUGUUGCAAAUAUUCUUGGUUCAAUCUUUGGUUCUUAUCCAGUUUUCUCAAGUAUUCCACGUACUUCCAUUCAAGAUAUGGCAGGUUCUCGUACUUGUCUAUCUGGUUUCAUCACUAGUUGUCUCCUUUUAAUUACUUGUCUCUUUUUAACUCGUCUUUUCUAUUAUUUACCUUAUUGUGCUAUGGCUUCAAUUAUCUUUGUUGCUGCCUUUGGUUUAAUUGAAGUUCAUGAAGCAAUGUUCCUUUGGAAAACAAGAUCAUGGGGUGAUUUAAUUCAAUUUAGUAUUGCAUUAUUGGCAACUUUUAUCUUUGAAGUUGAAGUUGGUAUUUUAAUUAGUGUUGGUAUGUGUAUCUUUUUAGUAUUGAAACAUUCCUCAUCACCACAUGUUUACAGUGUUUUAGGUCGUGUUCCAGGGACCAAUCGUUUCAAAGAUGUCGCUAAAUUCCCAGAAGCUGAACCAAUUGAAGGUAUUUUAUUAGUUCGUAUCGAUGAAGUACUCUACUUUGCAAAUAUUGGUCAAUUCAAACAAUUACUCUCAGAGAUUGAACGUAUGAUGGAUAGAUCAACCAAUGUAACCGGUAGUGGUUCUACUCCACUUCAAUCAAUCAUUAUCAAUGUUGUCAAUAUUCCUGUAAUGGAUGCUUCUGCUCUACUAACUAUUGAAGAGAUGGUUACUGCCUAUCAUAAACGUAAUGUAAAGGUUGCCUUUGUUCAAAUGAGUGAAAAGAUUAAGGAAUCUUUCAAACAAUCUGGUCUUUACGAUAUUGUAACACCUCAAUUCAUUUUCGAUAGUAAUUAUGAAGCUGUCUCAUUCUUGGAACAAAGUAUAAACUAUAGUAAUAAUAAUGAUUCAAGACAAGUAAACUUAAAUAUGCCACAAAGUGAUCAAUCUUAUGAUGAUUUAAAUAAUAAUGAGGUUGGUGGUUUUGAUCAACCAUCUUCUUCAUCAUCUUCACGUUUUAAUAAUCAAAAUUUUUUAAACAAAAAUAAUGAUAAUAAUAAUAAUAAUAAUAAUAAUAACAAUGAUAAUAAUAUUAACGAUGAUGAUUAUCAAAAUUCUUAUAAUAAUAAUAAUAAUAAUGGUGGUGGUGCAAUCCUUUCUGAUGGUUUAAAAUUAGAGGAUUACAGUGAACCAGAAUCUGAUGAAUUCAUUCAAAGUUCAAAUCAAAAAUCAAAGAAAUAA